GAUUACGGACGACGUCAUCCCUGCCUUCGGGUGGAAAAGUUUGUGUGCGCUCACUACAGCCCCACAGCUGCGGAGGCGUUCCAGUCCACUGCCGCGGCAGAAGCGAAUCGGUGAACUUCCGCUGCAGCUAAGACUGUCGAAAAAAUGGCAGAGGAAGUGACCGUAGCCUUGCAAAACAUAUCGCAGGCAAAUAAUGUCUUUACUUUCGACAUGUAUAAGGUUUUGGCAGCAGAGCCAGGAAACCUGUUCUUCUCUCCUAUCAGUAUACAGGUAAUUCUCGCGCUGACAUUUCUUGGAGCCAAAGGCAAUACUGCCAAAGAGAUUGCCAGAGGACUGCGCCUACCAGAGGAUAGAGCUGUCGUUGAGGAUGGUGUUGGGGCUGUAAUGAACAGAUUACAGGACAGUAACGACGUGCUGCUUGACAUAGCCAACAGGAUAUUUCUGAAAGAGGGUUAUGGCAUCAAAGAAGGGUUUAAUCAGUCAGCAAUUAGGUUCAAGGCUGGAGUAGAAGAAGUUGAUUUCCUACAAGAACCACAAGCAAGAAAAAUAAUAAAUGACUGGGUCGAGUCGAAGACGAAUAAUAAGAUAAAAGACAUAAUUCCACCAGAUGUCUUGAACAACGAUACUCGGAUGGUACUGGUCAACGCUAUCUACUUCAAAGGCGAGUGGUUGAAAAAGUUUGAGAAGCGUGACACGUCAGAGAAACAUUACCUGAUGGAAACUCGCACCCCAGAAUUCAUCCGUUUAGCUUCGCACAUAUUUCCUAAUAUAAGGCCCUUCCAAGGGACGCUAAUGAGCACGAGUGCGGGAGAGAGACUCAGCAUGAUGAUUUUUCUACCCAGAGAAGUAGAUGGCUUGGCAAGCCUUGAAGAGAAACUUGCCAGCUUCAGUCUCCAAGACACUGUCAACAACUUGCAUGAGAGUAAUGUGCACGUGUAUUUACCUAAAUUCAAAAUGGAAUACUCAAAACAACUUAACGACGCACUAACGAGAAUAAACGUCAGAAUGGUCGAUGGAGAAGCUAAUGUGCCACUGCAGGCGAUAUCUCAAGCAAACUCUUUACUCACAUUCGACAUCUAUAAGGUUUUGGGAAAUGGGGCAGAUAAUCUAUUCUUCUCGCCUCUCAGUAUACAAGUCAUCUUAGCACUUGUAUUUCUGGGUGCUCGUGGAAACACAGCAAAGCAACUGUCGAGAGGCCUGCAUCUACCUGAAGACAGAAAUGUGACAGAGGACGGAAUCAGUACACUAUUGAGUCAGCUUCAGGAAAGUAAAGACAUAGUGCUUAACAUUGCUAACAGAAUAUUCAUGAAAAAUGGUUAUAACAUUAAGGAAGAAUUCAAUAAUUCUGCCAUUAGAUUCAAGGCUGGAACAGAAGAAGUAGAUUUUUCACAAGAAGAGCAAGCACGGAAAACAAUAAAUGACUGGAUGGAAUAUAAGACAAAUCAGAAGAUAAAAAACAUAAUCCCUUCUGGCGUCCUGAAUGAUUUAACGAAGAUGGUACUGGUGAAUGCCAUCUACCUCAAUGCUGAUUGGCUGCAGCAGUUCGAUGUAGCAUUUACGUUACCAACACCGUUUCAUCUAGCCUCAGGAUCAACGAAAAAUGUGGAUAUGAUGUACAUUGAAGAGGGGUUCAAAUACACAGAGAUAAGUGAAUUGGAAUCUCAGGUUGUGCUUCUUCCAUACAGGGGGAAAAAACUCGGUAUGAUGAUAAUACUGCCCAAAGAGCAGAAUGGACUUCCGAAUCUUGAGAAGAAACUUGCCAACAUAAAUCUUCAGGACAUUCUGUCAGGAAUGGGCCAACGGGAAGUGUAUCUCUAUUUACCAAAAUUCAAACUGGAGUACACAGUGGACCUUAAAGCAACAUUAAAAACACUUGGCAUGAGUGAUAUGUUCGAUGGCAACAUGGCAAAUUUGACUGGUAUUAGUGAUGAGCCAUUAGUAGUUACCAACGUUCUGCACAAGGCUUUCAUAGAAGUCAAUGAAGAAGGCACAGAAGCAGCAGCAGCAACAUUCAUUGCUGUUGUGGGCCGCUAUGACGUAUUAUAUUCUAAGCCACCUGUAACUUUCAAGGCAGACCAUCCGUUCGUGUUCCUGAUAUUGGACCAGCAGACUCACACUGUGCUGUUUGCAGGUCGCUACUCAACUCCUGCUCCGUGAUGUAUAACAGAUCAAGAUUUCUGCGUAAUUUAUUUUAUUCUUUAAAAAGAUGUAUUCUAUGGAAAAUAAAUAUCUACUUGUCUAUGGUGCAUAA